CCAUUUAUAUAUUUCUGUUUUUACUUCUAAUCAUGUCAGUUUCAGUUCUACAUAAGAAAAAAUAAAUAAUCUGAUGUUCUGAGGACUUUGGGACAAAGAUGGGUUUUUGUGGUGAAAGCUGACUYGGCAGCCAUGUUGGAUUUAAAGAUGAGACCUUUGGUCAUUAAAAGAUGACGUUUUCUUCAUCGUGACCAUGUCCCCCUCCAGCACCAGGACUCCCCCCGCUCCUCACCAGGAGGACCACCUGACACGAAGGACUGAAGUCUGAAGACGCAGCGCCCCCUGCUGGACCCCCCGCCCCGCCGCAGGCCAUGGCCGAGCCCAGCUACUCCGACCUCAUYGCCAAACACUACAACUACACCGGCAAGUUCCGCAGGACCACCCAGCAGGACUCGGGUCUGAAGGCGGACUCGGUGGUCUUCAUCAUCGUGUGCUGCUUCAUCAUCCUGGAGAACGUCCUGGUCCUGACCACCAUCUGGAGGACCAAGAAGUUCCACAAGCCCAUGUACUACUUCAUCGGGAACCUGGCGCUGUCCGACCUGCUGGCGGGCGUGGUCUACACGGCCAACAUCCUGCUGUCGGGCGCCAACACCUACCGGCUCACGCCCACCCAGUGGUUCUUCCGGGAGGGCAGCAUGUUCGUGGCGCUGGCGGCGUCCGUCUUCAGCCUGCUGGCCAUCGCCAUCGAGCGCCACCUGACCAUGCUGAAGAUGAAGCUGCACAACAGCGGGAACACGUGCCGCGUCUUCCUGCUGAUCAGCGCCGUGUGGAUGGUGGCAGCGGCGCUGGGCGGGCUGCCGGUCAUGGGCUGGAACUGCAUCCAGAGCCUGCCGCGCUGCUCCACCGUGCUGCCGCUCUACCACAAGACCUACAUCCUGUUCUGCACCAGCGUCUUCUGCAUCAUCCUCCUCGCCAUCGUGGCGCUCUACGCCCGCAUCUACGCGCUGGUGCGCACGCGCAGCCGCAAGCUCGUCCUGCGCAAGGCCACCAACGGCGGCGGCGGCCGGAGCUCAGAGAAGUCCCUGGCCCUGCUGAAGACGGUCAUCAUCGUCCUGAGCUGCUUCAUCGCCUGCUGGGCGCCGCUCUUCGUGCUGCUGCUGCUGGAYGCCGCCUGCGAGACGCUGGCCUGCCCCGUCCUCUACAAGGCCGAGUGGUUCCUGGCGCUGGCCGUCCUCAACUCGGCCAUGAACCCGCUCAUCUACACGCUGACCAGCAACGAGAUGCGCCACGCCUUCCUCAAGACGCUGCUGUGCUGCGCCUCCGGCCUGCGGCCCCGGCCCAAGCUGGCCGGGCCCGCCGCGGUGGGGGCGGAGUUYAGCCGCAGCAAGUCGGAUAACUCCUCCCACCCCAACAGGGAGGAGGCGGAGUCUCCGAGGGAGACCACGGUGGCGUCCUCUGGGAACACCGCCUCCUCGUCCUAAUGAGGACCUUCCUCGGGUCAGAACUCGAACAGAGACUUCCGUGGAACUGGACCCGGAUGUUUCCUGCUCCAUGGGUUGGUCCGGUUCUGUCUCCGCCAGAACCGGGUCUGGCCACGUGGGUCCUCAGAGAACUGGACACUUCCUGAUGAAACAGGAAGCAGAACUUUUUACUGAGCCUGGUAGAAGAAUCGGACCCUAAACUCACCGUCUAAGAACAGCUAGAACCUGUAGAACUUAAACCGCCCCAUAUUUAAAGAAACACCAGUUAAUAAAAAAUAAACAGAAAUGCAUCAAA